UUUCCCAGUGCAAAAUCUCAAAAAUAUAGGGUUAGGGUUUCUGUUUACCCUCAAGAAAUUUCUGCAGAAGCUUCAUUCAAUAAUGGAUAGACAUAGAGGAGGAGGAGGAGAUCGAUAUGGAAACAGUCCUAAUGAUUCUCACCCUUACAGACACCCUAGAGGUGGAGGUACACCAUCGUCACGAUCUUCAGAUGAUGUUACCAUCAAUCGUCACCGUGGAGGUUUCUCCGGAAAUCGCCGUCCUUUUGACAAUAGUCCACCUCGUUAUCCUCUUAGUGGUGGCGGCGGCGGUGGAGGUUUUCGCCCGAUGGAAGGGGAAGGUGGUUUCCGGCCUUUAGGUGUGCGUGGUGCUAGGGCUUACAACAAUCCUUCUUCAGAGUUCGAGGUGCCUCUUUCAGGGCAGAAAAGGUUCAAUUCUGAUUACGAGGUGCCUAUGUCGGGCCAGAAACGUCAAUUCCCUUUUGUUGGCCGAGAUGGAGGGUCUCCCCCAGAGCGAUUUGGUGGAGGCAAUUUUGAGAACAGGAACUUUGAUGGAGAUAAUUUUGACAAAAGACACAUUGAUGGAGGCAAUUUUGACAAAAAGCAUUCUGAAGGAGGCAGUUUUGCCAAGCUUUUUGUUGGCUCAGUUCCGAAGACGGCCACUGAAGAAGACAUCCGACCUGCUUUUGAAGAACAUGGGAAUGUCGUUGAGGUUGCUUUGAUCAAAGACAAGAGAACAGGGCAGCAACAAGGACACACGCUGUUCGCUUCUGCAGGAUGUUGCUUUAUUAAAUAUGCUACAUCAGAAGAGGCUGAUAGGGCAAUACGUGCCUUACACAAUCAGUACACAUUGCCAGGGGGAGUGGGUCCCAUCCAGGUUAGGUAUGCUGAUGGUGAGCGUGAGCGCUUAGGUGCAGUGGAAUACAAGCUGUUUGUUGGCUCGUUAAAUAAACAAGCGACUGAGAAAGAAGUUGAAGAAAUUUUUUUGCCUUAUGGUCGAGUUGAGGAUGUCUAUCUCAUGCGCGACGAAAUGAAGCAGAGUCGUGGAUGUGGAUUUGUUAAAUUUUCAAAUAGAGAUGUGGCAAUGGCGGCUAUAAAUGCUCUUAAUGGAAUGUACACAAUGCGAGGUUGUGAACAACCAUUGAUUGUUCGAUUUGCUGACCCUAAGAGACCCAGACCAGGAGAAACGAGGGGAGCUCCUGCAUUUGGUGGUCCUGGGUUUGGUCCUCGGCUGCAGUCCCCUGGGAUUAGACCACCAAAUCCUGGUGAGGCUAUGCACGCUCCUAUUCCUCCAAAUGCAUGGCAUCCGAUGAACCAGCAGGGCAUGGUACCAUCUUCUGAUAUUGGCAUGCAUGGUUUUGGCAGUCAAGCGGCUCCUAGAUCUGCUGAUGGGAAAGGGUCUUCAGCCCCAGGUGGUACCCAUGGUGGCCUUGGUGCCUCUUCUGAUAAUCUGUUUCCUGGACCUGCUGUUCCAUCCACGUCAACACAUCAGAGCUUUAAUUCAUCUUUGCCUCAACUCUCAUCUGGUGGCCAUUUGUCACCCUUAAAGAAGCCAAAUCAGUCACCACAGGACUACCCUUCGUCUAUGCAGCUACAGCUGCAGACACCUGCAACUUUCUCGCAGGCUCCAGCAUCUAGUACUGUAAGGCCACCUGGGCAACUACAAGCACCCAACUCUGCUAGUCAAGCUUCCUUCAGUCAAGGGUUUCCAUCGCAGCCUAUGCUUGGUUUCAAUGGGAUGUUACCCCUUCAGCAAGCACAAGUCCAAGCUGGUGUCUCAUCAACAACAACACCAUCUCUUUCUAAUAACAACUUACCACCCCAUGUUCUCACCGCAAUGAUGAAUCAGUAUCAACUGCCAGGGCAGCAGCAAAUGCUUCAGCCUGUGCAGCAAUCAGCCUCUCCGCUGGCUCAAAUGUUGUCUCAGCAAAAACAAACUUUACAGGCAAGCUAUCAAUCAUCUCAGCAAGCAUUCUCUCAGCUUCAACAACAAUUGCAGCUUAUGCAACCAUCAAAUCCGAAUUUGACACCACAACAGAAUCUCCAAGGUGCAAGAUUGCAGCAGUCUACAUGGGGCGGUAGCUUACCCCAGACAUCAGCCACUUCUGGUGCUUCAGCUGUAAAACCCUUGACGGAUUCACUUCCUGCUGCAUCUGCUGCUUCAGUUGCCUCAGCCAUGUCAUCUGCUGGAGGUUCCUUGAAAUGUAAUUGGACCGAGCACACCUCUCCUGAUGGAUAUAAGUACUACUACAACAGCACAACUGGCGAAAGCAAAUGGGAGAAACCAGAGGAAUUGGCUCUAUAUGAACUACAACAGAAGCCUCAAGAACAACAGCAGCAGCAAAAGCAACAACAAACGGCGACCGUACAGCAGCCUCAGAGUCAAUCCCACAGUCAAGGUCUUCCAAAUCAGCAAACUCAGAUUCCCCAACUUCAGCUUCAAAGUCACCUUCAAACACAGAUGCAAGUGCAGGGUCGACAUCCUCAACAGUUGCAGCAUGCCCCUCAGUCAUCAGCGUAUCAAAAUGCUGGCGUUGCAGGUCAUCAAAAUAUUCAGGGCUUUGGCUAUGCACAAUUGCCGGUGGGUGGUGGUGGUUCUAUGAAUGAUUCUUCACGCUUUCAGCAGGGGAUGCAGGGAGCACAGGACUGGAUGUGGAAGAAUAAAACAGCAGGUCCAGGCAGCUGAGAAUUUCGUUAUUCAUUUGGCAAAAGAAGGGUUUGUAACAUAAAAAAAUAUAUCAGGGGUCUGUUUUGUUUUAGUUUACUUUGUUAUGGAUAUGUUAGUAGAGUAUUUGACAGCUAAAUCCAAGUUAUGGUGUGUAGUAUUAGUAUCUACCAUGAUUUUCCCCUUCUAAAUUUUGCCACAACAUACUUCUCAAAUACUCUUAGAAGAGGCCUUCAGACCAUACAUGGUAUAAUUGUUUCUUCUUUACUAG